AUGGGUGACGCCGGUAUGCCUCGAUCGCUCCAGGAGAGCUUGGAAAACACCAAGGUCUCUUAUGUCCAACUCGGCGCCUCGGGCCUGAGAGUCUCCAUCCCGAUCUUGGGAGCCAUGUCUUUUGGUCACAAAGACUGGCAACCAUGGGUCAUCGACAACGAGGAGGAAGUGGACAAGCUUCUCAAGGGCGCCUACGACCGCGGCCUCAACUCCUGGGACACCGCCAACGUGUACUCGAACGGCGAGUCCGAACGCAUGAUCGGGCGUGUCAUCAAGAAGCACAACCUCCCGCGCCAUAAGCUGGUCCUGCUCAGCAAAUGCUUCGGCACCGUCGGCGAGGAACCGGGCGUUUUGCACAUCAAAUACCCCGAACAGAUCAAGAAGAGCAAAGACUACGUCAACCAGGGUGGUCUGAGCCGUGCCGCCAUCUUCAAUGCCGUCGAGGCCAGUUUGGAGAGACUGGGCACCACGUACCUGGAUGUGCUGCAGAUUCACCGCUACGAUCGCACUGUGCCGGUCGAGGAGACCAUGAAGGCCCUGCACGACCUUGUGCAGGCCGGGAAGGUUCGAUACAUUGGUGCCAGCAGCAUGUGGGCGUACCAAUUCGCCAAGAUGCAGAACUGUGCCGAGGUCCACGGCUGGACCAAGUUCGUCUCGAUGCAGAACCACUACUCGCUGUGCUACCGCGAGGAGGAGCGCGAGAUGAACCCGUACUGCAACGAGACCGGCGUGGGGCUGAUCCCCUGGGCACCGCUGUACCGCGGGCUGCUGGCGCGGCCGCUGGGCUCCGAGGCCACGGCUCGCGAGGAGAGCAUGAAGGGCAACCCGAUGUUCGGCGUGGACGAGACCGACCGCGAGAUCAUCAAACGUGUCAUGGAGCUCGCCGACAAGAAGGGCUGGAAGAUGUCGCACGUGGCCCUGGCCUGGAUCAUCCAGAAAAACACCAUCCCCAUCGUCGGCUUCAGCAACCUCGCCCGCCUCGACGAGGCCGUCGCCGUCCGGGGCAAGACCUUGACCGAAGAGGAGAUGAGGUACCUCGAGGAGCCGUACAAGCCCAAGCCGAUUGUUGGUCAUUCGUAA